AGAGGCAAAAGGGUGUGUGCACACAUGAGCCUCUUCCUCUUCAUGCCACACGCCUCUCCAGCACAGAAUAGAGAAAGUUGGGGUCAAAUUUUGAGUCCUCUCUAGCUCACUCAGAGCAGAUCCAGUGUUUUUUUUUAAUUCUUUUCUUUUUCUCUCCUAGCCAUCUACUCAGUUUCACUCUCACACACCCACCAGCCAUCACUGCUGGUUCUGUGGAAGGAAAAGAAGAGAACUGUURCACACCUUUACACUCAGCUGCUCCUCAAGCCAUCGCCAUCCUCUUUGUUCAGAAUGUGGACUUUACUUUUGGGGGUCAUCUUUGGAUUGCUGGCCUCCUCCAGGUCGGAUCAACUUCAAGUGAAUGCCCGCGGCUGCAGCUUCGCUGGCGUGUUUCAGGCUGAGGGGGCAGGUCGCCACAGUCUGACCUUCGAAAUGGCUAAAAAGGUGUGUGAGCAGCUGGAGAGUGUCCUGGCAAGUCAACAGGAUGUUGAGGAAGCAUACAACAGGAGCAUGGAAACCUGCAGAUAUGGUUGGAUCAGCAAUGAAAGCAUCGCCAUCCUCAGACACAGACAACAUGAAAACUGUUCAAAGAGCAUGAUUGGAUUAAUUCGUCAUUCAACGACAAGUCCUGAUGAUAAAUAUGAUGUCUACUGUUAUGAUAAAACAGCUGGGCUUAAGAAGAACUGUACCAAGGCCUUUAGAAUAAGUGAAGUCUCAACUGAAGCAGAGACAGACACAACUCCAACCUCCCAAUCUGAUGACACUGUUUUCACGGAGGCUGAUCGUCCUACAGCAACCACUGAGGCUGACAAGGAAACUAUAGUUGUGACCACUCAAGCAAAUACUGCACCUGCAGAGCUGAGUACAGAAGUUGUCCCUGGCAUUCCUGAUGGUGGAGAAUUUCUUGGAGGGACUGACAGCAGUACCACUGAAGCAGACACUGGAUCUGGGUUACCACUAGAUCCCUCUAUAAAGGCCACGGAUGAAGUGCCACAUACAGCACCACCGCCUACUAAAACUGCAGAUCAGACACCCAAGAAAGGUAGAGCCUUGACUCCGCCUGCAUCUGACGAUGAAAAACAGGACAACCACACUUCAUCGGAUUGGCUCGUCAUUAUUAUUGUGAUUUUGGCAGUGGUUGCCAUUUUCAUUGUUUGUGUAGCUGUCGCCAAAAGCAAAAGCUGGUGCGGCAGGAAACAAACCCUGAUGAUCACAGCCAAAGAUGGCGGCGAAGGCAACGGGACAGCAGCGGCGGCUUCGAGCUCCCACAACCAGGACAGAGAGCAGGAAAUGGUGACCCUCAUGAACAAAGAGAAUAUCCAGGAGAAUGGCAACACAGAGGAGUUCACCGUCAUCAAACUAGAGGAAUCACCAGACAAAGACCAGCAGGCGUGAGAAGGUCAGGUGCAGACAAAGGGUGGGAAGGAUUGGGUGAGAAGACAGAGAGGAAGAAGAAAGAAAGGAAAGAAGACAAGUUGGGAUUUGGGCCAAAAACAGUGGGUUUGUAAACUGCUUUCAGUGAGCAGCAGUGAAUGGACACUGAGUAAAUUAAAAACAAGCAUGGAUGUUUUAUUUUAAGCAGUUCAUGAGCUACACAACUGUUGUCUUUAAAAGAAACCAGACCUUUCAUUAUAAAGAGCAACAAAUUGUUUGUCUAGUGAGAUUUUAGUUAGGACUAAAUCCUGGUCACCAAAGUGUGGAAAUGGCUUUUCUUUUUAUUCACUUUAGUGUGUUCAUGAGUUUGUGCGCUUUGUAAAUGACAAAGCCUAAUAUAAGAGUUUGAGGUGUGAGAUGAUUGGUUGAGAGCAAUUUGGUUUUGUGUUUGCAAAUGGCCCAAUAGGGUCAGGAAUUAACUGAAUCCUUAAAACAAUAAGGCCCAAGUGGAAAAUAAAUUAAAUCCAUCAACUAUUUGUUUCUUUUUAACUUUAAAAUUUAGAUGGAAAACCAUAAACAUGUGUAUUAUUAUUAUUGUUAUUAUUUUUUUUCUUUUAAGCCUACCAUAGUUAUUUUUUAUUUUAUUUGAAUUACUGGAAUAUGGUUGCUGUCUGUAUUUUUCCUACAUUUCACGUAGGCUGGUAUCAGUUUUUUUUUUCAACAAAUAAACAAAAAAACUGAGAUCUUAAUUAUAUUAUUCAUGUACUAUGAUUUACUUUGUUUAUUCUGUGUACAUACAGUGUAUCUUUGACAAUGACUUUGAAAUAGCUGCCAGUACUUUUUUUUUCUGUGAUUUGGUAGGAAGUGGCUCUGCUCCCUUCAAGUAAAGAAAUGUUUCUGCUUUUGAGACUUAUUUAAUUAGAAUCUGUACCUCAGAGGUAAAUGUCUGCAAAUAGAUUUUGCAAAAGUCAAAUUUGCAGUGUAUGAUGUAUGAAUUCAACUUUGUGUAUAGUUUCAAAACGUGAGCAAUUCAUGCUCAACUGAAUCAGUUGUUAUUAUAUUGGAUUUAAAAUGUGAUAUUUUGAUUGCAUUAUAAAGAAAACCAUAUUAAUGGUGGAUGCAAAAUAUAUACAUGAGGUAGAAAGUGAGGGUUUGUAAAGCUAGCAAAAAAAAGUUGACACCUCCAGCACAUUAAUUGCAUCUAUUUUAACUCAGUUUUGGUAAAUAGUUAAUGUAAGUCAAGCUGUAAAUUCUGAACUAAAUAUCAUAUCAAAUAUUGAAAGGCUAAUCACUGUAACCAAAGCCUAUAUGUUUUUGUUUUUUGUCAUGAAAACAAGACCAUGACAUUGUUGUCUGUUUGCUGCCUAAUUGAAAAAGUGUGAAAAAUGAAGCUUGUAUGCCAGCUGCUCUUUACAUUUUCAACAUGUUAACUAAAUGCUGCAGUUUUUCUACUGAGCUUACUGUAGUUUGAAUGUAUCCCCACAUUGUGUCAUAUCAAUAUCAAUCCAUGUGCGACUGCUGUGUUUUCCAUGGAUUUGACUAAAAAGCUGGUUUACACACAGUCCUAGCAAACAGAUUUUUUCUAACUUGUCUUUUUUUUUCACUUUUUCUCUGCUUUCUGAAGAGGCAAAUGUAUUAGACUAGGCAGGUUUCAUGGUACAUUUACAAAAGAAGAAAAAAAAACAUGUUGUUGGAAAGAUUUGUAAAGUCGUGAAUAAAAUAAACGCGUACAGACAGAGGUACGCUGGAACAUCGUG